AUGAGCAGCAUCUGGUCACGUUUGACAGAUAAGCGAAGAUCGAACAAACCAGACGACGCUUCCGGUGAGAAGUCGGAUAUUCUUGGAGCUGGAACCUCGUUAGACUCACGAGCGGACCCGGCACCGGACCACUUGUGGGCACAGGUCGACCAAGUUGACAGCGUCCCCGAUAUCGAAGAAGAGAACGGACCCCGAGUGGAUUUUUCGAACUUGGACAGAAUACAAGCGGAGACUGUGGCUCCAGCGUUGGGCAUUUAUGCGACGCCGCGGGGCAAGUCCGGCGAAGUGGAUUACUUGUUCGCGGAGGAGUAUCACGAGUAUCGCCAUAAGAGCUGGGGCGAGCAACUCACCUUCUGGGCAGGGGUGAGUUAUUUAGGCGGUGCGAUAAUUGGAGGCUCGUUAGGGUUUCGUGAAGGCAUCCAGAAAGGAAACGAAAUGGUCGCGGAGCUUGUGUCGCCAGUGACAGGAGCUGGCGGCGGCCCCAAAGCCGCAACUUCGCUGUCAGUCUCGCAUGUAUCCAAGGCAAAGCUUCGACUCAACGCACUGCUCAAUGCAGUAGGUCGACGCGGCGGUCGCAUGGGUAAUGCUGCAGGCGUCUUAGCGAUCAUGUUCUCGGGAUUUGAGUCGUUUCUGCACUGGCUCCGCGAUGACGUCGACGACUCGUGGAAUUACAUUGGUGCCGGAGCGCUGACUGGCGCGCUCUACAAGUCCACCGCAGGUCUACGGGCAGUGUCUAUGUGGAGCGCAGGGCUGGCGACUGUCGGCCUCGUUGGCCUGUACGGAGCCAGACGAGGGGUCUACGGCCGGCGGUUACGGCAACUGCUCUAA